CCCGCACUCACUCCAAACUCUUCUCUACUUCACAUUUGGGGUCAAAGUACGGUUUGACUGAAUGAAAUGCGGAGUAGGUUUGCAGCAGGGUCCAUUUCCACCAACGUGAAAAAUGUUGCGAAAAUGGCCCGCUAACUUACCCUAUUACAAUGAGGCCAUUACCGCGAAAUGAUGUGAUUUUGGCAUGCUUGUAGAGUGACUCUCAGGAUCUUGGAUAUACUGGUCAGCGAUAACCUGUCGGUAUUCGGAGAGCGCCUGAGUUGGGACUCCAGCUCUCAGCCCAAGCAGCCCUCGUGGUACUUUUCACGACUUUCUCGCACUUGUAUCGAAGACGGAGCGAUUUCUCGCUUGUUCUCUCGCUCACGAUGGCGCAAAAGGCCGUUCCGGGACUAAUCAUGGUGCCAAUGUCACUGAAGCCUGAGCUUUCCGUUCAGGAAUGCGAUGAGUGGUACAACAAUGAGCACGUUCCGAUACGAAUGCGACUACCCUACUUUGAGCGUGGGUAUCGAUACCACUCUAUCGAGAAUGGUGUCAAAGGAUGCGUCGAGAGUGGACUGCCAGAGUGGCUGGCAACGUACGACAUUCUCGACAUGUGGGAACUGACGAAGGAGCCUUACACGCGUCUGCUAAGCCCCAGUGUGCAAUCGAUGCGAGAACACCAAGUCAUCAACAAGGUAACGGCAUGGCGCAAGUAUUACGAUCUCGUGUCGACGUAUGAAGCUCCUGAGUUCGUCUCACGGGAAGAGCAGCUACGGCAGGGCGACGCGGAUAAGGCAUACGGGGGAACACUCAUCGUCGUCGGCGUUCGACUGAGGCUUGACUCCCCAGACGCCGAAGCAGAAUGGGAUCGCUGGUACGAGGAAGACCACCUCCCACCGUUGAGAAAGGUCCCUGGAUGGGUGCGGACGAGACGGUAUCGCACAUCUGUGAUUGAGGAUGUUCCUCCCGAUGCCGCCGAGGGGUGCUCCACGACCGAAUACCUGACCUUGAACGAGUUUGCGCCAGGCGCCGCGAUAGGUGGACCUGAGCACCAGAUUGCUAUCAAGUCAGAGAGUCGAAGCAGUGUUGUCUCCCGGAAAUGGAGACAUUCAUAUGAGUUACACUAUCUCCAGUCUUCGGCGUCACGAGAUCUUGCGGCUUUGCGGCGAGACGAAGUUGAAGAAUUUGUGAGUCCCGAUGGGCUGACUACGACAUUGUCGGGUCUGUGGCCCAUCAUUUCCAGCUAUAUCACGACACGAGACAAAAGCCCUAUCAAGUACAAGUUGGAAGGCGUUACGACCGAGAGAGCCCCUUCGCCAGUCAUUGUCCUGUGCACAUGGGCAGGUCUCUCCUGGAACCAUUGGGACGGGUUUGUGAGCGCGCUGCAGCAAAGGUCCACAGAGAUCGAUUGUCGAAUCUUGCGUCUCGAGCUCCCAGUCCGCGUACCCAACGUCAGCGAGCACGCACUUGACAGAUUGGAGGCCUUGGAACAUACAGCAAAUGACCUGGAAGACUGCUCCAAGGCACUAAUGAUUGGCAAAGCAGCCUUGCUCCUCAUUCAAGGGCUGGGAGGCCAGACGGCCGACGGGUCCGCUGCCAGAGUCACCAGGAUCAUCAACACAGAAAGCAUUCCGGGAGCACUGUCACAGUUUUGUGUCACAGGGGCCAUCAGCGUGUCUCAUUCGAGACGGGACCUUGAACAGCAGAUGAGGUCUCUAGAAGUGCUAGCAGCAAAAUGUGCAUGUCUUGCCGAUAUGACUGAAAGUGCAAUCAGUAACGUCGAGAGCUUGUAAACUCGCAAUAUAUUGUCACCUGCGCAAACUUUGCAUCAAGCUACCUGAUUUUUUCAUCAUCGCAGUCAAGAAGUGAUCAAGCGUUUGAAAUCGGCGGAGCAGACCUCAAUGACAUUGCCCCAGGGAUCUUGCACAUAUAAAGCCGUCUCGCCGUUUGGUAGCGUCACAGAUUUACCAACGCGCUUUCCUCCAGCGGUCUGUACCUUUUGCGCCAGUGUCUCGGGCUCCGCUGCGGUCACGGCGAUAUGAAAGAAGCCCCCACGCGUCCAUGCUUGGGCGUCGAAGCGUGCCGGACACGCUACCGUGCCGCCGUGGUGUGGUGGAUCCACGAAU